AGAGAGAGAGAGAGAGAGAGAGAGAAGAGAGAGAGAGAGAGAGAGAGACAGACAGAGACACAGACAGACAGACAGCACUCGCAGCCACCUGUGCUUUGUUCACACCAAGCCAAUUUUGUGAUGGUACAUUUGCUGCUUUGUAACACUACUCCUCGCUCUUACAUAGAUGAAAAAAUUCCGAACUGCUUCGCUCAUAUGAUUUCACGGUUGGCUUUGUGCUUGAUGGAACCAGCUGUUCCCGUGUUCCCCUGUAGGAACUCGUGUGCAUCUCGUCCAAUAAGUGUUCAGACAUUGAUGAGAGUUCAAGAGUCCAAGAGUCCCAGAGAGAGUUCGAGUUCAAGAGUCCAAGAGUCCGUUCAAAGAGUCCAGAGUCAAGAGUCCCAAGAGUCCCAAGAGAGUCCUCAAGAGUCCAAGAGACCAAGAGUCCCAGAGUUCAAGAGUCCCAGAGUUCAAGAGUCCCAGAGUCCAGGUCAAGAGUCCCAGAGGAGUCCCAGAGUUCAAGAGUCCCAGAAGUUCAAGAGUCCAAGAGUCCCAGAGUUCAAGAGUCCAAGAGUCCCCAGAGUUCAAGAGUCCCAGAGUUCAAGAGUCCCAGAGUUCAAGAGUCCCAGAGUUCAAGAGUCCAAGAGUCCCAGAUCCCAGAGUUCAAGAGUUCCCAGAGUUCAAGAGUCCAAGAGUCCCAGAGUUCAAGAGUUCCAGAGUUCAAGAGUCCCAGAGUUCAAGAGUCCAAGAGUCCCAGAGUCAGAAGUCCCCAAUAAGUUCAAGAGUCCAAGAGUCCCAGAGUUUCAAGAGUCAGAGUCCCAGAGUCGUCAAGAGUCAAGAGUCCAGAGUUCAAGAGUCAAGAGUCAAGAGUUCAAGAGUCCCAAAGUAGAGUCCAAGAGUCCCAGAGUCCAGAGAGAGUCCCAGAGUUCAAGAGUCCCAGAGUUCAAGAGUCCAAGAGUCCCAGAGUUCAAGAGUCCAAGAGUCCCAGAGUUCAAGAGUCCCAGAGUUCAAGUCAAGAGUCCCAGAGUUCAGAGUCCAAGAGUCAAGAGUCCCAGAGUUUCAAGAGUCAAAGAGUCCCAGAGUUCAAGAGUCCAAGAGUCCAGAGUCAAGAGUCCAAGAGUCCCAGAGUUCAAGAGUCCCAGAGUUCAAGAGUCCAAGAGUUCAAGAGUCCCAGAGUCCAGAGUUCAGAGUCCAAGAGUCCCAGAGUUCAAGAAUCCAAAAGUUCCAGAGUCCAAGAGUUCAAGAGUCCCAGAGUUCAAGAAAGAGUUUCAAGAGUCCCAGAGUCCAGAGUCCAGAGUUCAAGAGUCCCAGAGUCCCAGAGUUCAAGAGUCCAGAGUCAAGAGUCCAGAGUCCAAGAGUUCAAGAGUCCCAGAGUUCAGAGUCCAAGAGUUCAAGAGUCAAGAGUUCAAGAGUCCAAGAGUCCCGAGUAUGUGCUUGGGCGGUCCGGGAUCCCAUGUGGAAAAUUGGUUACAAUUUCGAGUAUUACGGACAGAUAAGUAG